AUGUUCACUUCAGAGAAAGGGGUUGUGGAGGAAUGGUUGUCGGAGUUUAAGACACUACCAGAAACAUCUUUACCAAAUUAUGCUACAAAUUUGAAGGAAAAGAGUUCUUUAGUUUCAUCUCUCUAUAAAGUUAUCCAGGAGCCACAAAGUGAGUUGUUGGAACCUGUCUGUCACCAGCUCUUUGAAUUCUAUCGCAGUGGAGAGGAGCAGUUGCUUCGAUUUACGCUGCAGUUUCUUCCAGAACUGAUUUGGUGCUACCUCGCCGUCUCCGCCAGCAGAAAUGUGCACAGCAGUGGAUGCAUUGAAGCUCUUCUUCUAGGGGUUUACAAUUUGGAAAUAGUUGACAAACAGGGACAUAGUAAAGUAUUGAGUUUUACGAUUCCAUCUUUAUCCAAACCAUCUGUAUAUCAUGAACCUUCCAGCAUUGGGUCCAUGGCUCUGACGGAGAGCGCCCUAUCCCAGCAUGGUUUGUCAAAAGUUGUGUACAGUGGACCUCACCCCCAAAGAGAGAUGCUGACAGCACAGAAUAGGUUUGAAGUGUUGACAUUCCUUUUGUUGUGUUACAAUGCUGCCUUAACCUAUAUGCCCCGUGUUUCUCUUCAAUCACUGUGUCAAAUUUGUUCAAGAAUCUGUGUUUGUGGAUAUCCUCGACAACAUGUAAGAAAAUACAAAGGUAUAAGUAGCAGGGUACCAGUUUCUUCAGGAUUCAUGGUGCAGAUGUUAACAGGAAUUUAUUUUGCCUUUUACAAUGGAGAAUGGGAUCUAGCUCAAAAAGCAUUGGAUGAUAUUAUAUACAGAGCCCAGCUAGAAUUAUAUCCAGAGCCAUUGCUGGUUGCCAAUGCAAUACAAGCUUCGUUGCCUCACGGUGCCAUGAGAUCUAGUAAGGAGGGUACAAGGUGUAUUCAAGUUGAGAUCACACCAACUUCCUCUAGAAUAUCAAGAAAUGCAGUAACCAGCAUGUCAAUAAGAGGUCACAGAUGGAAAAGACAUGGAAAUACAGAAUUAACAGGUCAAGAAGAACUGAUGGAGAUAUCCGAAGUUGACGAGGGAUUUUACUCCAGGGCUGCCUCUAGUACCAGCCAGUCGGGUUUAUCAAACAUUAGUCAAAAUUGUAGUAACAAGACAAGUAUAGGAAAGACUCAGAGAAGGUCAGGAGGAAACAAAACUGGAGGAAAAGAGAAAGAAACUACAGGGGAGUCUUGCAAAGAUCACUUUGUUCGAAAACAAACGCAGAGAGCCCAAAGUGAGAAUCUUGAGCUUCUCUCCUUAAAGAGACUUACGCUGACAACCAGCCAAUCUCUGCCUAAACCUUGCAGUCAUGGUUUGGCUAAGACUGCCGCCAGUGUUUUCAGUAAAUCCUUUGAACAAGUCAGUGGAGUCUCAGUCCCACAUAACCCGUCAUCUGCUGUCGGCUGUGGGGCUGGGACAGAUGCCAAUAGGUUUUCUGCUUGUAGUCUCCAAGAAGAAAAGCUGAUAUACACUUCUGAAAGGACUGAACUUCCAAUGAAGCAUCAAGCAGGUCAGCAGAGACCUCCUAGUAUUAGCAUUACUUUGUCCACAGAUUAA